GAUAACCAACAGGUUUAAUUACAGGUAUUAAUAUUACAAAUCUAUAACAGUGUGCACAUUUUAUACACAUUGAAACAAACCCUCACCAAUUUGUGAAGCUACAAUGGAUUUCAGUUUUUUAAACUGCAUCACAUGAUAGAGGAUAACUUGAUCAAGGCACAAAUAGCACACAUCACUGGAGGCUGCGAGUGCGAUAAUUUCUGGACGUCGUUCGCUCGCUACUGAAUGGUCCGGAUCAGUUUUUUUUUAUUGCAAUAAUAAUUGAUGACACUCGGUGCACCGACCUCCUAAAGGUUGACUGUUGACUGGCCAGCUGGGAUUUUAGUACUGUGGCAGAUUGCGUCAUAAACCCCCCCACCCCCUCCAUCUUUACUGCUGACCAGCUAACCUCAAGACUGACCACAACACAGACAUGAGCAUGGCGCUGGCCUGGCAACAGUCAUCGCUGUUACCCCGUGCCAGUGUCACCUGUGACCCCACCCUCGCCACCCUUCCCUUUGUCCCCAACACCCCCCACUGAGCCCCAGUCCAUCCAUCCACCAUGCUGUCAGGCAGCUGGCGCCGUUCCCCAAUAGCCUCACCCACCAAGCCCUCAGCCUCCACCAGAGGGAGUAUUACCAGUGUGAGCAGUGUGUCCAGCAGGGGGAGCCGUGCCAGUGUGAGCAGCAGUGUUAGCAGUGUGAGUGUGCCUACUGUGUGUGGCGUCCCCAGUGGCACAGUGGUGUUGGAGGCUCAGUAUGACUACCAGUACCGCGGGGCAGAUGGACGACAGGUCUGCAUCCGAGAAGGGGAGCGGUUUAUUCUGCUCAGGAAGACGAACACUGACUGGUGGCAGGUUCGGAGGAUUGGGGCAGCCAGUAAAGCCAAACCCCUGUAUGUCCCGGCUACGUAUGUGGUGGAGGUGCCCAUCACUCCUCUGUCGUCAGUACGACAACAUGUCAACAACAAUAUGUCAAACCACGGCAACAUGAGACUCCUGACCCGGUCAUCUCUCUCUCCCUGCUCUAACUACCAGUACUCAGUGCCCAAAACCUUCUGUCGUUCCAUGGAGGACAUCAACUCUCACAGUGCCUUCAGAGGAGUCAACUGUCACAGCCCUACCCCAGGUCUGGGAGGAGGAGGGGGCCACUUCCCAACCAUGCCCCUCGCUAAGCUCCCCUCCAACACUGCUACCUAUUCCACCGGACAACUGAUGGUCCCUGGGUGCCCCCAGACCCCCAUGGGCCACUCGGCCCCCAUCCCCCGAAGUAAGAGCUCCAGCAACCUGCCGAACCCUUAUGAGGAGAUCGAGGUGAGGGAAAUGGGGCUCGAGAUGGGGCUCAGUGGAUGGAGCACGCCCAUCGGAGGUGCUGCCAAGUCCCUCAGCCAGUGGGAAAUGGCAGAGGCCGCCCGCAGACACAGCCAUCUGCAGGUAAAGAGGAGGAGCCAAGAAGAACCCCCCAGUCCGGCCCCCGGUCAGCGACCACUACAGGUGCUGGACCUAUGGGAGCAGUACUCGGACCCCAGCACAGGGCGAUGUUUCUAUGCAAACACCGUUACCAAGGAGAGGUCUUGGAAACCCCCCCGCAGAGCCCGCGAACGGACUCCCAGCUGGGCUAGUCCGAUGCAGCCACAGACAUUUCCACAGGACACCAACAACCUGUCAUUACCCAUGCCAGGCACAGGAAAUGGCAACAUGCACAGGCUAUCUCCAGACUUCCUCUUCACUGGCCAGAAGCCUGACAGUGGCUGGGAGCUGGAACAGAGUAUGCAGCGAGCAGUAUCCUCAGACACCAUCAGUACAACAGACUUCAGUACAGGAGACAAGGAGGCCCUACUGCGUCAUGAGACAGAGCAGCUCAGCCACUCACGAUCUAUGAUACUGCCUGAAAACGGCAAGCUGGGUCAGCAGUGCAGAGACUGCUCCUAUCCUGUGACCAGUGUAGUGGUGGAGCCUCCCUCUCCAGCCAGCUCUCCAGACAGCAACGACGGCUCCACACCAGAGCUGGAGAAGGCAGGGCUGCUGAAUAAGACCAAGAUAGCAGAGGGAGGCAGGAAGCUGAGGAAAAACUGGAAUCCAUCCUGGGUGGUUCUGGUUGGGAAUAGUCUGGUUUUCUUCAAGGAUCCCAAAUCUCAGACCCCCUCCAGCUGGAAACCAGGGAACAGUUGUCCAGAGAGCAGUGUAGACCUAAGAGGAGCUCAGCUACAGUGGGCCAACAAUCUGUCAAGCAAGAAGAACGUCUUCAAGCUGAGGACGGUGACAGGGAAUGAGUUCCUACUGCAGUCAGAGACAGAUUCACUGAUUAGAGAGUGGUUCAACACCAUCCAGAGUGUAAUCGACAGGCUGAACCGUGAGAAUCCUCUGGAGAAUGUCCUAAUGUACUCUCUGAGGAAGGCGGGCAGUGUGGAGAUGUUGGACCAGAGUGGAGACGAGGAGGACAGUCGAGGGGGGUGUAAAGCAUCACUCCCUCGCUCUGCAUCCAACCUGGAGAACACAGAGAGGAAGCGCGUUCGGAGCAGACUGAAGAAACUCAUCCUGAAGAGACCUCCACUACAGAUCCUACAGGAGAAAGGACUCAUCAAGGACCAGGUGUUUGGCUGUUGUCUGGAGAUGCUGUGUGAGAGAGAGAAGAACACGGUGCCUCGCUUCGUCAGGCUCUGCACUGAGGCCGUGGAGAGGAGAGGUCUGGAGACGGACGGUAUCUACAGAGUGAGUGGUAACCUGGCUGUAAUACAGAAACUACGCUUCCUAGUUAACCAUGAGAAGCUGAACCUGGACCAGAGUGAAUGGGAGGAUAUCCAUGUCAUAACAGGUGCCCUAAAGCUUUUCUUCAGGGAGCUUCCUGAACCCCUGGUCCCUUAUGGCUUCUUCACAGACAUCGUAGAAACCAUCAAGAUGUCAGACUACUUGGACAAAGUGGACCGUCUGAAGUGGCUGGUUCUGAGCAUGCCUCCUCCCAACCACGACACCAUGAGGUUCAUGUUCAGCCAUCUCAAACGAGUGAUGGAGCACGCUAAAUCCAACCGGAUGUCGACCCAGAACAUCGGCAUAGUGUUUGGUCCCACCCUGAUGCGUCCGGAGCUGGACAACGCUAACAUGGCCAUCAACAUGGUGUAUCAGAACCAGGCUGUGGAGCUCAUACUCAAUGAGUUCGACCGCAUCUUCGAACCCAACAACUCAACAUCCCUCUGACACCCAGCCAGCCCAGAACACCGAACCCACCCAGCCCCAAGGAACCAUUCGAGAGCUAAACCAAUCUCCUAGCCCAUCCAGCCCCCAUCCCAACCAGUCUGAGCCCCGGGCCCAUCCAGCCCUAAGUCCAACCAGUCUGAACCCAACUCAGUGACCUGAACCAUCUUGGGGCCCAACCCCUAUGGUACCCUGUAACACCUUGCAUUGAACCCACCCAAACUCAGCCUGAACCAAACACCAAAACCAAUAAAACCAACAGAACCAGUACACUGUGAAACUGCACCAGCAUCUCCUCAUGAUGUCUCCUUAGCCCCUGUAGUAGCAACACCAGCCUAGUUUACCUCACCUCACGGAAAGGAGAAAAGCAUGGGUAGAGAUGGGAACAGGAGGAAAAGCCAGUAUGGAUGAUAUGUCUCCACAGCUCCUUUCAGUAGUGUAGUAGGACUGACUCUUCCAAACACAAGCAACAGCAGCAAGACUGUUGACUCUAUGUGCCACUAUCUAUAAACGGUCUACAACAAAGUUAAUGCAACGUUUUCAAAUUCUAUCCUUGUUGUACUAGACUUGUGUCGAACUUGUGUCGUGGCUGGAAAAUGCAUCCAGACUUCAAACUUCAAAGGACUUCGAUUUUGUUAUAAUGGCAAAGCAAUAUAACUGAAAUACUUACGUUAUGUACUUACCUUUACUGAAUAGUCUGUGUAGACCUUUGAAUCCCCCUGGUGUUAUAUAUAUACUAUUUGAUUUGUAUGUUUCAAUUUUCAUUCAAACGUACUGAUUUAUUUUGUGAAAGUUUGUACAUAAGUGUAAUAUUCUGCCAUCAACUUUCACUUUGGAAUGUCCCUACCAGAUGAACCUGAGGUAAAGCAAGAACUGUUGCUGUUAAAACUGUUAGAACUGUUAAAGUAAGAACUGUUGUGAAGUAGACAGUUAAGCAACGUAAAACAUAGCUUUAUUGUAGUAGUUCCUUCAAUAAAGAAUGUGGAGUAAAUGA